AUUCACUUCAGUUCAGUUCUGUUAUUCCGUAUUCAUCGUGCGGACGAACCAAGCGCAGCAUUCUUCAGACCUGCCGCCGCAGUCGUGAUUUAUUUUGCCAUUCGAUUGUAUUUUUUCCACACUGAUUUUCGCCCUUUAUCGUAGUUCCUAAGUCGGGCUGGAAUGGAUUCGAGACUGACGUGCGAUCGGGGGAUUUUUCUAAUCGUCUGUCUGGCGGGGUUCUUGAUAUCUGGAAUAUCAGCGUAUAGAGACUCAUCCUGCCCUCGAAUUUGCAAGGAAAACGCUUAUGGAGAUCCGGUAUGCGGAAGCGACGGUGUCAUUUAUCCUAACAUAUGCGAAAUGAGGAAAAAAACUUGCGGAAAAGGCGUAACAUUAUCCUCAGACCCCAAAGCGUGCAAAAGAUCGUCGGGCUCUAAAUGCGAUCACAAGUGUGGCGGCGAAAAAGACCUGGUUUGCGGAACGGACGGCCGGACGUACCUCAACAAGUGCAUGCUGCAGGUCGACAUUUGCAGACUCGGUAUAGGACUUUCCCAUUUAGGUCCUUGCAAUAACAUCAGCGCUCACAGGGAAAAUUGCCCGGUCGAUUGCAAGCAAGCCCCGUUGGACGGCCCCAUUUGCGGCAGCGACGGCAACGUUUACAAGAGCACCUGCCAAAUGAAAUUACUCACAUGUGGUCAGGGGGUCGUACGGACGAAUAAGAAAUACUGCCAGACGACCAGACAUUGCAGGGAAUCGUGCUGGAGGAACGCAAAGCCCGCCUGCGGCUCGGACGGCAAGAUUUACGCGAACGUGUGCAGGAUGAAGGCGAAAAAUUGCGGGAAGCACGUAUUCGAAGUACCGAUGGCCUACUGCUCGAGCCAGGAACGCACCUCGCACGGCAGCUCCUGCCCCACCGGGUGCAAAAACGAAAUCGAAAAACCCACCUGCGGAUCGGACGGGUUCAUCUACAGGAGCGAAUGCGAACUGAAGUUGCUGAACUGCGGGAACAUCAGGCGCGUGACGAAAGUCGACUACGAGAAGUGCCGGGCGAAGGUGUCGAAGUGCCUGAAGAUCAAAUGCUCCAACGAUCGCGAUCCCGUUUGCGGCACCGACGCCAGGACCUACACCAACCAGUGCCAGCUCAACCUGGCGACUUGUCUCAAAGGCGUGCAGUUCGCGCACGUCGGAAAUUGCACCAAGCUGAAGGAACAACAAGCCUGUCCGGCUAAAUGCGACGAGGAAUUCGACGAACCCGUUUGCGGAUCAGACGGCAAUGUCUACAAGUCAAUAUGUCACUUAAAAAAAGAAACCUGCGGGCAACUAGUCAUUGAAGUGCCACUCCACCACUGCAGGACCACCGCGUCUUGUAACGAGCAAUGCGCCGAAGAUAAAAAUUUCGUAUGCGGAUCGGAUAACAAGCUAUACAAGAACGAAUGCGAAAUGAGAAGGACCAAUUGCGGUAAACACGUUUACGUGGUUCCGAUGAAACGGUGCAUAUCCGGAUUUCAUUUCAAAGGUUGUCAGAAGAUCUGCCCAACUUACUAUGACCCGGUUUGCGGAACAGACAAUAUGACCUACAGUAAUACGUGCUUCUUGGAAAUCGAAAACUGUCGAUCAAGGUCAUUGGUUACUUUGAAGAACAUGGGCACUUGCAGCGAACCACUUAACGAAAUUCCUAAGAAUUAUCUCUACUAAUUAUUUUAAUUGCGAGGCGAGAGGGGUUUCGUUGCGCAGAGAAGCGUUACUUUAUUAACGGGAUCAUGCCCACCUGCGUGGAUACGAAUAAAAUUAAAAAAAAACAACGGCGAUAAAUUAAAAAAAUCCAAAAUUAUUAAAAAAUAGUACCUACCAGUGACACUACGUUUUAUAUGAAGGGAAAUUAAAUGUAUCUCUAAAAUGAACAGCAAAAUAAUUUUGUUCUCUUGUAUCGAGUAAUUAAGUAGUCUAAAACUUGAAGCAAUUAAAUUUAGUAGCUAGUAAUUGUAAUGGGUACAAAUAAUGUACGUAUAUAAGUAUUAGUAAAAAUUAAAAUUUCAUUCAAGAUAUAAAAAAUAUGUAAAAAUGUAUUAGGUUUCUAUAGUAGAUUCAAGAUUCAAGUAGUUUAUUGCAGGAAACUGUGAAUUUUUAUGAUUUUUUUAAGAUACCCAAUUAUUCGCAUUUAAUUUUAACGGUACCAAGUAAAAAUAAGUUUCUUACUUUCCUAUAUUUUCAAUGAAAAUUUUAACUUUCUCGUAAGUAAUAAUUAUUCUUACUUUUGUGCCAAUUUUAUCUUAUUUUGUAGAUUUGUUUAUUAAUGUUAAGCCAGAAAUUGUAUUUAUUGUAGAAAUGAUU